UGGAUAGAUCAGCAAUACCACGAGAUACAUUGCCCAUAGACAAGGUGGAUACGGAUCUCUGCACUCACGUUAUCAUGGGAUUCGCUACAGUGAGAAGAAACUCCACUAUGGACCUCCAUCCCAUAGGUGGCCACGAGGCUCUCAAAUCAUUCGUAGCUCUCCGGGAGCGCAAGCCCACACUGAAGUUAAUGAUUUCAAUAAAGUGUGAUGCUGUCAACAUCAAAGAAAUGCUGUGGAGUGUUUCCAGCAGACAAAGAUUCAUUAGGUCUGUUGCAUUGAUCUUGAGAGCGGCAAACCUAAGCGGGGUGGACUUGAAUUUGAAGUUACCAAACAUCCUUUAUGCCUUCAAGUAUGUCAAGUUGCUGAAGGAAUUCAAUAUGGAGCUAAAGAAUGACUCCAAGCAGCCUCUUCUGCUCUCAGUUGCUUUGCCAGCCAAAGCUUGGCUCCUAGGGGAAAUAUAUCGUGUCCAACCUAUCAAGCGGUGGGCCGAUUUCGUGAACCUUAUGACGUAUGAAUUCAACACAUAUCACUGGCUGAAGCCCUGGGUGAAUCACAAUAGUCCACUAUUUUCUAGGUCUCCCGCACUUCCGUAUUUUCGCAGGCUAAACGUGGCAUUCAGCGCACAACUUUGGGUAAAAAUGGGUAUGCCGAAGUCCAAGAUCAUGGUGGGUAUCCCGACUUUCGGUCUUUCAUGGGUGCUUCGUGACUCCCAUUCCUGGCACAUUGGGUCUCGCGCCACAGGACGAGACCCUCACAACGAUGGUUACGUCAGUUUCGCGGAUGUGUGCUUAUUACUGAAAAACGGCUCACACGAUGAGUAUGACGCCAAAGCCAUGGUACCAUAUAUGCACAAAGAGAAGCUGUGGAUUAGCUAUGAUGACAAGCGCAGCGUGGCUUUGAAGACGGAAUGGAUCUUCCUCAACGGAUACGGAGGUACGAUGACGUACAACUUGAACUUCGAUGACUGGUCAGGAAAAUGUACGAACGAAACGUUUCCACUCCAAAAGACCAUAUAUCGCCACGGAUACCUCAGACGUCAAUAUAUCAGCAAAGCUGAAAAGUAAAGGCUUUUUUUUUUUUAGAGUGCCGACCUCUGACGUAAAAUAGUGCCAAUCUCUGAAGCAUAGCCUUCAAA